CACACACAUUCACAUACACAAAGCACAUUCAUCAAGCUUCUGGUAUAUACCUGUCUACUCUGUGUGCAGCAUUAAGCACGGCUAAAAUGUCCUCAGAGUAAAUUGAGUUGAGCAGAAUAAAAAAAAAACGAAUUCAUCUGAUCAAUGAUCGAUUCUGCGAUGGUGUAUGUGUGCGUGUAGCUUACAAUCGAGCAUCUGAUCUCUGAUUUACUAUAAAAAUCAAAAGUUCUGAUGUUAAAGUUUAGUUUUUCUUAUUGCUUAUGAGUGAUCACACACAUAGUGGUUUCCGGUGAGAUCAAGUUGUAUCAGUAAUAAGUUUUGUAUAAUCGGGAAUUUGACCAAUUCGGGCCGACCGUGGACUAGUCCUGAUUUUUUAAAAUUAUUGAAAAAAAAGUUAAAAUUGUGUGCCUUUGUUGAGAUCAACUUUCACUUUUAAAACGAAAACGAGAAUAAAAAGUUUGUCUAAAAUAUGGCACCGAAACCGCAAGAAAACGUUACAAAUGUGACGGAGGAUCGUGGAUACGUAAAUAACGCGUUCGAGAAUGAUAAAUCAGCAUUGCAAUGUGUUAUACCGACGAUCGGUCGAAAUGACAAAAAUAUGGACAAAACCGUACCAUCCGAUGUUGUCAUGGAUUUUGAUGAUCUGUUGCCGCAUAUCGGCGAUUUUGGACUUUAUCAAAAGAUUCUGUUUUUAUUGAUGAUUCCGUUCGCCUUUUUUGUGGCAUUUGUGUAUUUUUCGCAAAUAUUCAUGACGCUCGUACCGGAAGAACAUUGGUGCAGGGUGCCGGAAUUGGAACAUUUAAGUUUAGAAGAAAGAUUAAUGCUUGCCAUUCCGCAAGAAUUAGACGGUCGAUCGAAGUGCUCAAUGUAUGCGGUCAAUUUUACUGAGGCAUUGGCAAACGGCACCAAAAUUGCAGAUCUAUCUUGGCCGAUUCAACCUUGUAAAUAUGGUUGGGAAUUCAAUACCACUGAAAUACCGUACUCAACAAUCGCAACAGAGUUGGAAUGGGUAUGCGAUAAUGCCGCUCUACCUACCAUUGCCCAAUCGGUGUUCUUUUGCGGUGCAAUCAUCGGUGGUUUAUUGUUCGGAUGGAUUGCUGACCGGUUCGGACGCAUACCAUCGUUGUGUGGCUGUAAUUUAUUGGGCUUUGCGGCUGGUGUUGCAACGGCAUUUACUGGAAGUUUUUGGUCGUUUACGCUGUGUCGCUUUUUGGUCGGAUUUGCGUUUGAUAAUUGCUUCACGAUGAUGUACAUUUUGGUUCUCGAAUACGUUGGCCCCAAAUGGCGUACAUUCGUCGCUAACAUGUCCAUCGCCCUGUUCUUCACAUUCGCCGCUUCUAUUUUACCCUGGAUAGCGAUCUGGUGCGACGACUGGAAACUACUAGCGAUCGUGACAUCAGCUCCAUUGCUGUUGGCCGUAUUCACUCCAUUCGUUGUCCCAGAAUCAGCCAGAUGGUUGGUGUCGCAGGGCAAAAUUGACAAAGCAGUUUUAAUCUUAAAGAAAUUCGAACGCAUCAACGGAAAGAAAAUCGACCCGAAAGUGUACAAAACCUUCACCGACAGUUGCAACAAAUUGCAAGAAGAGGAAUCGAAUAACAAUCAGUACUCGAUUUUGGAUCUGUUCAAGACGCCCCGUCUCCGAAACAUUACCGUUCUUUUAAUUGUCAUUUGGAUGGCGAUAUCGCUGGUAUUCGAUGGGCACGUGAGGAAUGUGGGCGCGUUAGGUUUGAAUGUUUUCGUAACAUUUACCAUUGCAGCUGCCACAGAAUGUCCGGCUGAUAUAUUUUUGACUUUCACUUUGGACCGAUGGGGUCGAAGAUGGUUGGCAUUUGGAACAAUGGUGUUGAGUGGUGUAUUCAGUAUUUUGGCCACGUUUUUCCCUGCUGGUUUGUACUCUGCUAUCAUGGCAAUCAUGGGACGCUUCUGCGUCAACAUUUCGUACAACAUUGGAAUGCAAUAUGCGGCCGAAAUCUUACCAACAGUUAUCCGAGCCCAAGGUGUGGCAUUCAUUCAUAUCAUGGGAUACGUAGCCAGCAUCAUUGCACCAUUCGUGGUGUAUUUGAGCAUUCUGUCGCCCGAUCUACCACUACUGAUACUGGGCGCUGUUGGAAUUUUCGGUGGUGCAUUGUGCCUGUUUCUUCCGGAAACAUUAGACCAUGAAUUGCCGCAAACAUUGAAAGACGGCGAAGAGUUCGGACGCGACCAGAAAAUGUGGGACUUCCCAUGCAAGUCGAAGAAACAUGACGACGAAUCCAUCGGAACCAAUAGCUUCCAACGUGCGUCUACCGGUGCUUCGUUGCGUGCAUCCACCCGAGGUGAAAUCGGUUCGAAUAUGCUGCAGCGGUCAGUGAGAUCAAGAAGGUCUUUGAAAGGAAUUGGUGAACCAGCGGUGUAAUGGCUUAGAUUCCCGCCAAAAAUAUUCAUCGAGAUAUUCUAGUCAUAUCCUGAUAUUCACAUAGAAUCAAGUGAAAUGUUCCUGUGUUUUUAAAGACUUUACAACCUCUCACGAUACUCGUAGCUCAUGAUAAUUUAUCCAUCGAUCGACAACCAAUCCAUUAAUCUGACAAAAGAACGGAUCAUUAUGCUAAUGAAUGGACUACUGAUGAGAGCUUUACUGUGUGGUAAACAGCAGCAUACGUUUUGAAUGGUAUGUUAUUACAAUGGCUGGCUGAUAUAUGUAUGCGAUACACUUCCAAUGAAUGAUCUCCAUAAUUUUUAAUGCUAAAUUAUUCAUUUUUCACAAAUCAACCAGAUAGACAAUAUUUGUAUACACAAUGCAGUGGAUCCCAUUCGCAAGAAUCCACAAUGUGACAAAAUGUUUUGCUUUAUUGAGUUGAUGAUGAUGUUUUUUCAAUUUUCGUAGAUCUAGAAUUUAUAGUGAGAUUGUUGUGCUUUUGUUCAUUAUUUUGUGAAAUGACCUUAGAGCAUUUAUUGCAUUAUUCAUAGAUUUUUUUGAUUUAAGAUUUAAGAUUUUAUUUAAAUAACUUUUAUUCUAUUUAUGAUUCCAAU